AGAAUCCCUUCAUUAUAUUACAUCAUCCGCAAAAAUUGUUUAGGAGCAAGGCAAAUCUUCAAUCAUUAACUGUUUUUUUAACUUACUUUCUCAAAUUUGGUUUGGAUAGGAUUCGAAGUUAUGUUGCAAGGAAUAUUAAAGGUGAAAAAUAGUCUUUAAUCAUAUAUCAAUCCGAAACUGACAGGCCACGGUCGUCUGCGGCAGCGAAUAGCCUAAGGUUUCGGGGCUCGACUUGCUCUUUCUUCAAGCAACGCGGUUUUGCGAUCGGGAAAGCCCUUAUAACUGCGCUGCAUCAGAUAGGCUAUAACCAGACUGCAUCAGGCACCAUAUUUUGCAGCUGGGGAGUAAGCCUAUUGCACGAAUGAUGCACCAGCACCUGUUGAACACUGAAAUGAAGAUGGACAAAGGAAAACAGGAUUGUGUCGUCGGUGAUCCCCAGUUUCCUUGCGUGGCAUCAUCCACCCGCCGUGUUGCUGCAAGGGAAAUGCAUUUCAUUUAUAUUUCCCUCUGAUCAAAUGAAAAUGAAUAAGAGACCAGAGGAGAUAGCAUACGUGACAAUCCAGAGUUUUAUUAUUUUUAAUGUUUUUAUUUCACCUUUAUUUAACCAGGUAGGCCAGUUGAGAACAAGUUCUCAUUUACAACUGCGACCUGGCCAAGAUAAAGCAAAGCAGUGCGACACAAACAACAACACACACGGAAUAAACAAACGUACAGUCAAUAACACAAUAGAAAAGUAUAUUGUGUGCAAAUGAAGUAAGAUUAGGGAGGUAAGGCAAAAAAUAGGCCGUAGUGGCGAAAUAAUUACAAUUUAGCUAAAUAAACACUGGAGUGAUAGAUGUGCAGAAGAUGAAUUGUAUUACCUGUAGUAGGCCUAGCCCAAGUUACUGAAAGAGAUCAUUAAGUGGUGAUUGCCAUCAAACCUAUUGAUUCUUAUAUUGCCUCUUAUUGCAAUAUACUGGACUUGUCUGAUUUAACUAGAAUAUUAACAAAAAAUGCAUAGAUCAGAACCCCGUGCGUUCUGAUCAUGGAUAACAGUGCCCAGUGCAUCCCAGACGUGUGCCUACUCAGUGCUGAUGCUGAUACACCACCUGCCUGUCACGAGAAAGAGCAGGUGGACAAAAUGGCUUUGCUGAUGCAGGACUUCGUUGGAAAUAUACCCGAGAUAAAAGAUCCAGACGAGAAUCAAAACUUUGGGGACCAGUGUAUUACGGAGACUAAUAGACCACUUGUUGAAAUGGACAAUGGAGUGAUGGGUCUUAGAUUUUAUAAUGGUAGCCAACCAAGGAAUGGCUCAGGAAAUGCAAAUGAGGAUCAAAAGCAUAUGUCAUUAAUACAUUGUAAUACCCCACAGCUCAACAAAGAGCAGCUCUGUUCAAUAGAGCGCGAUGCGGUAGAGGAGAAUUGCCGCGCACAGGCUGACGUGGCGCACAGCCUGGGAUAUUCCCUCUGCUGCCUGGAUGACGAAACGCAAGCACAGAGCACCCCUCUCGUGAGUGAAGUCAGCGGAGGAGCUGUGAAAUAUCCCUGUCUGUUUGAUAAAGCAAGUUCCCAGGUGGGGCAUAAGGAGGGGACCUCUGCGUCUGUUACCUAUUGUAUCGCUGCAGAAGCGCUGACAGUACGUCAGCGCGGACAGCCAGGCAGUGCGGGACAGAAUGCUGUGUGGGGAGAAAGCGACCCAGACGCUACACAGGGAUACUCAGCACUGCAGUCGAGGCAGGAAGGAUGUGGAUAUGGAAACGGAGUCUUUGCUUCUAAAGAGGAGACGGAUUUAGUGAUUGAAGUGUCUGGAAAGAAACUUGAAGCGCAUAAAGCCGUUUUGGCUGAGAAAAGUGACUAUUUCAAGGCGCGGCAGUCCCGAGACGUAUUGCGAGUGAAGGGGGUGAGUUUUAAGACUUUGACCAUUUUGGUGAAUUACAUUUACUCAGGCCGAAUGGAGGUUAGUAAGGAUAAUAUUGUAGAGGUCAUCACCGGAGCUAAAAUAUUACAAAUCCCCUGCGCGGUUCAAGCUGCUGUCGAUACAAUGUCGGAGCAGAUUACCGCCGAGAACUGCUAUGAUAUUUUGACAAUAGCCAAAAAGCAACGUCUCAGCGAGUUGAAGGAGAAAGCCUACAAGUACAUGAGUGACAAUUUCUUGCAAAUACUGCGGGAUCCCGGUGUCUAUGGGCGUUUGACCGGAGGGGAGAGAGAACUAAUUAUCACCAGGAGAAUGGAGGGAAAGAGGGCGUUGAUGGUGGCUGAAAUCAACGAGGUGUAUGACGGCGUCGGGAGCAGACCUACAAGUCGUGAGAACAGUCGCCCUCAGAGCCCUCUGUCCAUAGUGUCCCUGAAGGAGAACCGCAUGAUCUACUAUUACAACAAGGAGACAAAGGACUGGAAAGUGCUGACGAAGAUGCCAGAUGAAAUCAACACAAAGGGCUCUGGGAUAUGCACCAUGUACAAUUACCUAUUCGUGGCAGGUGGAAUCAAAAGGCAGGACGACAAAGGCAAAGUCUCGGACAAGGUGUUCUGCUACAACCCACUCACUGACAGCUGGAGUGAAAUUCGACCGCUCACUGAGGGUCGGUCUCAGCUCAAGCUGGUGUCCAUGGACGGCUACCUGUUUGCAAUCGGAGGGGAAUGUCUCUUUACGGUGGAGAAAUAUGACCCUCGCCUGGAUAGAUGGCGCCCAGUGGCGCCACUACCAAAAGGGGCUUUUGCUAUUGCGCACGAGGCAACAACCUGUAAUGGAGAGAUGUUCGUGUCCGGAGGCUCUCUAUUUUAUCGUCUGCUAAGAUAUGACACUAAAAGAGACGACUGGGAGGAAUGCCCGUUCAACAACAGCAGAAAGAAAUCCACUGACAUGGUAGCGUUCAAAAACUUCAUCUACAGGUUUGAUGUCAACCGUGACUACGGUGUCAACGUGUUCAAAUACAACACCGUGGUAAAAAUAUGGCACAACAGUGCGUCCCUGGAGCAGACCAACCCCUUGCCCUUUCGCUGUGCUGUCAUUGGCAACACCAUUUACUGUGUGAACAAGUCCCAAACAUUGCAGUUUGUUGUGGAAGAGGAGAAUGAACAGUUUUUGCCCGAGGCACUGGCACUCAAAGCACCUGUAGAGGCAAACGGUGCCCUUGUCCCAUUUGUCCUGGCUCUGCCCAAGACAGCCUGAGGCAAAUGCACAAUAAUGACCUCUUUGGCGACUCACUAAAAGUGGCCUCAGAAUUGUCAUAUGAGGACAUAAUAUGUUGUGUUUGAUAAAAUACCCACAGUGCACACCACAUCAUUUCAACAUGGAUAAUUGGGUAAUAUUUGGUUGAGAAGUUGAUAAGUGAGAUUGCAACCCAUAUUCACCCACUCAAAAAGACAGUCAAAAGUGAGUUGAAUUUCCAAUGUGUUGUAACUCACUAUGCUUUCAACCAUCUAAAAGCACAACCAAAUUCCAAUGGAAAAACGAUGUCUGAUUUUUGGUUUCAUUACCAUCCAAAUGGCUAUCACUGCGCUUUGAACCAUUUAAAAGCGCUGCGAAGUUCAAAUGGGAAUGCAAUAUCAGAUAUUUUGAUUAUUUAUACAACAGAUGAAUGUAUCAUCACUGUGCUUCAUUCGAACAGCAGAACAGAAGUUGGAUUGCAGUUGAAAUUACAUUAAAAGUACAUGGUGCAAGUGAUCAAUGCCAUUCGAUAUUCUGCGCAGAUUAUUAUAGCAAUUGUGAAGCUCUCCGCAGACCUGCAACAACCUACAGAAUGCAUGCAAUCUUGAACAUGCACGGUCUAUAUCAUUAAAUAAGAAUACAUUAAUAGUUACAGUAACCUCAAAUGUGGCCAUAGAUUAGUUACUCAUUUUAAGGUUGAAUGUUAAAUUGGUUUGUAAAAUAGCCUUAACUUUAGGCUAUUUACUGUAUUUCAAAAGUAAUAUUGAAUUGUGUUUUCUUGACAACACAUCCAGAUAUCAACAUUUAAAGGAGAUGUAUCUACUGCUUGGAUAGUUCCAUCUCAGUCACUUGCUUAAUCCUAUUCUUACAUUUUCAUUUUGGGUUUAGUUGAAGACGUGAAUCCAACAUAACAUUUGUUUUCCUGUCAACAAGUUCAUAGGCUAUUUUUUGUAGUUCAAAGGUGAUAUUGAUUUGUAUUUGGUUGUCAACGCAACCAAAUAUCAACAGUUGAAGGAGAUGUAUCUUCUGCUUGCAUAGUUCCAUCAGUGCCACUGACUUAGUGUGUCUUUAUCCCAGUUUGACUACUAAUUAAUAAUUGAUAUGUUGGAUUCACUCAACCAAAAAUCAGGACUAAAUCAAAUCAAACUUUAAAUGCACUUCAAAUUAAGUUUUAUUAGAUUCAGUCCUAUUCUUUAACUUAGAUUUAUGGUUCUGCCCAGCCUAUAGUUUUCUUUCUGAUAGCAGAUACAUUAUACUGAUCAAUUCAUUUAUACAUUUAUAAUUAGUAGGUUAUCUGUUUUAACAAACCUUUUUUUAAUAUUUGUACUUAUGUAUUGUAUAUUGUUUGUUUGUGGUGUGGUUUUCAUAUAAACCCUUGGGCUUCCAACCACACAUGCACACACACCAGUUUUUGUUUUUAUUUGUUUUCAUCUGUAUUGUUGUCUAUUACUUGUUUUCUUUUGUGCAAAUAAAUAAAUAAAAUAAAGUUAUAAUGUUGAAUAUCUGA